AUGGCGCAGCUAGUGGACCUCCUCCUGCGGGAGAGCCGCGGAAAGGAGGACGAUGACGUUUUCGCCAUCGUGCAAACCUGGGCUCCUGUGCUGAACUGCUUGAUUGACAAGUCUGGCGUCAGGCGGUUCAAGGUGAAAGUACUCAUCGAAGCGCAGAGAGCGGCUUACAAGAUGGGACUGCCAAGGCUGUCUCCUGCUACAGCUCUUCUAGAGGCAUUCUUCGACGGCCUUUAUCGUGCAGAGGUCAUUGAGGAGGACUACUUUGACAUGUGGGCGGUGGGUGAUGACGACACUCCGGGCAAGACCAGCGCCAUGUUCCAGGUGACUUUCUUCCUUGACUGGCUCCGUGGGACGUUGCGGGAAGACAAGGAGGAGGAUAUGGAGGAUUGCCCCAUACUCCCUGAUACGCGGGACUUGGCUUGUGGCUCAGUCCCGAGGAACCCACCAACCCUAACAGCCCCCAUCACCCAAGACUGA